AUGGCGCAAUCAUUAACCCCAGAUUGCCUUUCGGAAAUCUUUGGGUAUCUCACGGACAACAAGCAGGCGUUACAUUCUUGUAUCCUAGUGAAUCGUAUUUGGUGUGAAACUUCUAUUCCGAUACUCUGGCGACAACCGUUUCGAUUACUUUACUCUCACGAAGCAACGAGAAACAGUACCGAAGAAACACGACAAAUUAAAGCGACCAAAUUGCUGCAAAUUUACUUCGCUUAUUUAACCCCCGAACAAAUAAAUGAUCUUGACGAAGAUCAAGUUGUGAAAUAUAACAUUAAGACGGAGUCAGGUGUGGAGAGUGCCGAGGCAAAUGCAUCCGCGCUCACCUUUCAAUACAUUACCUAUUUGAGAUGCUUGGAUUUGGUGGAUAUCCAUGCGGCAGUUCGUGAUUGGAUAGAAUAUACGAGACGACAGCAAAUUUAUUAUCAAGACAAUGUGUCGGAGCCAGAAUCGACUAAUUCACCAUUAAUUUCAUUGUUAAAAUAUGCAGUAGAUGCGAUUAUUUUUCUAAUUCAUCUAUUGGAUUGCUGCAGAUGUUCAUCGAAUGAUAGUGACGUUGAUAUGCUUUCAGAUGCUCCGUCAUAUGAUCAAAUGUCAAUCGAAUAUGACGAACAAAAAUUAUCAACAAAAAUAUGCGAACUAUUGAUUGGUCGAUGUAAUUCGGUUAAAAGACUCUCAAUUGACGUUACCGCUUUCGAGAACAGAUCAUUGAUACUAGGAAGUAGCAUAAAUGAAGAUGGCGAUGUACCACGAUGGUUUUUGUCUGUCCCCAUUUACGCGAAUGCUCAAUCAUGUUUUUCACAAUUGACCGAGUUCACCUGUAUAAUAAGGUCAACCUCGACCGACAUUUUUCGAGAAAUGGGCAAGAAAACGGAUUUAUUUCGUGAGCUCGCUAAAAUCUCGCGAUACAUUCAACGUAUUGUUGUUCAUCUACCGACACAUAGACCUCAGGUGAGUUGUUUAUGUAGCGUUUGUUCUCAACGAUUAGAAAGUGAAGUAGAAGAAAGAACAGAAGAAGUUAAAAGUUUAGCCGAUCUUAUUUCAAAGCAGAACGACUUGAAGGAAAUUGACAUUUCAUGCGGAAUUAUUGGUUCAAAGGAAUUAAUGGAAUCCAUAGCGUCACGAUCAAUUUCAUUAAAAAGACUAUUAUUUACAAACACUAAAUUCUAUAGUUGGGCUCCCUUAGAAGAAUUAAGAGAAUUGGUAAACAUAGAAGAAUUAACAUUCCGAUCAUGCCACGGACUAACUGAAGAAAUUAUGAAACCAUUAAUGGACGCACCUUUUGCAAGAUUAAAACAUCUUGACAUGGACAACACGUCUGCUCCAACAAAUAUACUUGAAUCAAUUAUUAUCAGCUGUGGAGCAUCAAUUCAGCGUCUAAACCUUGGAAGUUAUAUUCAUCCUAAUCCAGAUGCGUCUCAGCGAUUAAUUCAAAGCGUCACAUUUCAUUGCACAAAUUUACGUCAAUUGAAUCUCUAUGUAUACGGAUCCGACAUGAACUCUCUUGCUACCUUAUUCGAAUCUCUCACGCAACUAGAGUCAGUCGUCUUAGCUGGUGCAAUGGCCGAAAUAAAUGUAGACGAUUUAUUCUCUUCAUUGGCUCUGAUUGAAAUGCCGCAAUUAAAACAAUUUGCCAUUGAAGCUGGCUGGAAAUUUUCCUGGCGGUCAUUGGAAACCUUUCUGCGAAAUAAGAAAAGCUUGAGAGUGUUGGAAUUCAAGUAUACGCAAUGUUUCAAUCAACGACAUCUCGAUGCGGUCGUUAGUACUUUGGGCUAUACUUUAAAAUUGCUAAAAAUUUCGGCGUUGGCUUCUCUGGACGAAGAUGCGCUCAAUAUUGCUCGUUCUUUUUUCGAUGUGGUCGAAAUCGACGAGAAUUAA